UCUGUUGCAAAACGUUUCUUAAACAGAACAAACGGGGAGGGACCUACCUAAAUUUGACCAAUAGAAACUCUCGUUUUACACCCCAGCUACAGACAAUGGCGUCGACUGAAAAAAUGUGUUGCGUGGUCACGGUGUCUGAGUCUUUUUCUGAUCAGAAACCAGUAAGCUGUAGUGGAGUCAUCCUGAACUCACAGACUGGUCUCGUGCUAUGCAAUGGUCUUCUCUUCUCUCGCUUUAUGAAUGACAAGGACGCUCUCUCUUCAGAUCACCGGUUCCUGCUACCAGACAGUUUCAGUAGCAAACUGAAAAUUAGCCUAAACUUCCAUGAACAGCGAGAUUUGGACACAAACCAAUGCGCAUACCAGUCAUGCACCGUUGCGGAUAGCAACAGCACCUGGCGACAUCAGCACCAAGCGACAGCACAGCUACUGAUGCUAGCUAACUGUUUUGAGUUCAAGAGUGCUUUUGAGAAGAUCUUCAAAGAGUCUGAUAAGUGGAGUUUUUACGGUGGGGAGGACGAUGCAGAGAUGGUUAGGGAUUCAGAGUUUCUGAGCUGGUUUGCUGUGCUCAAGGUACCAGACUGUGUAACCCCCUUGUAGUCAGGUGUUUUCUUUACAGUAUUUUCAUUCUUACCAUUGAAUGCUGAUAGUCUAAUGGUCUCUAUUUGUCUAAUGUAUUUUGUCUUUUCAUACAACGACAAAGGUACCAGCCUUGACCAAAGCGUCAAACGUCAACGGUGGAACCAUACCGUGGGCGACCAGCUCCACUCUCCGGAAGGGAUGCGCGGUCCUCGCCUGCGGCUCUCCCUUCGGCGCCUUCUGCCCCGAUCUCUUCAUGGGCACCCUAAGCAAGGGUAUCAUUAGUAACCUGGCUGGGGAAGAUAACACUCUCAUUCUCACUGACGCCCGCUGCCUGCCCGGUACAGAGGGAGGGGGGCUUUUCGUGUCCCACGGAGACCGAAUGCACCUCGUCGGUUUGAUCGUGUCCCCCUUGUGUUGGAAAGCCAGCGAGUGGAUCGGGCUGACGCUUGUGUGCUCGCUUCAGAUGAUUCUGAGGAACAUCACACAGUGUCUGAAUAUUCGCGAUCCACACCAAGAGAUCCAACACAUACAGGAAUCUACAUACUUCUUUCAAACCUUACAGAGUGAAACUGAAACUCAGAAGUACCCCACAGUGUCCUUAGUAGACGCUGGACAAUUCUGGGGCUCUGGGGUUCUGGUCAGUCCUCGGUUGGUGGUUACCUGUCGACAUGUUGUCAAUGGAAAACCUGUUGUCACCUUGAGAUUCAACACCAAUGACAGGUACCAUGCAGCUAUUUCACUCACCUGACCUAUCUGCAUCUCACAUAACAUUCAGUGAUUCUGAAGAUUCAACACCAAAAGCGGGUACUAUUCUGUAUGCAUCUCAUAGGAAGUUCAGUGAUGCUGAAGCUCCGUGUAUGCAAGUGUAGUGCAACCUCUGCCAAGAGGUCUUGUCCUUCAUGAUACAGGAGAUAUACUGCAGGGUUGUUGGUUCAAGUUUCACUUAAGCUGGUAUACCGAAGAGAAAUCCAGGGCAAACAUAAAAAACUGUAACAUUUAUUCCAUACCAGCAUGAAGAUGAAAGUAGUCCGCACAACAUUAUACAGAUCAAAGUGAAGGCUCUGUCACUUUUACAUUCCUUUCUUCCUCCCCAUAGGUUUCAUGGGGUGGUGGGUGAUGUCCUGUACUCCACCAAGCCAUCGUCUCCCUAUGAUGUAGCCGUGGUGCAGCUAAGACACCCUCCCCCGGAGGUAGUCGUGUCACGGUUGGCCACAUCGUUUACACCAGGUAGGCAUGAUGUCACUGUCACACUGACUCCACUAUGUGUAUUCUUUCUCUCUGCACAAGAGGACAGCCAGAGGACAGCAAGCGGAGGAUGGGCCUUUCCUCUGAUUCUGGUUCUUCUCAAAACUGCCUGAAAGGAGGAAACCUUAUCUUGCCAUUGUGCUUCUGAUUGCUCUUAGGGGUCUAUAGGUCUACUAAGCUGGGUUACUGUAAAGCUCUUUGAUGUAAAAAGGGCUUUAUAAACUAAAUGUGAUUGAGAUAUUGAAAUUAUCUGGAAAUAGGUGAGAGGGUGCCAUUUGAGAUGUCUCCUCAUGUCGGUCCCUAGGUGAGGACGUGGUGGUGGUGGGUUACGGAGCUUUUGGCCAGCGCUGCGGUCCCUCUCUGACCAGUGGCAUCCUGUCCAGGGCCAUCAGCUGUCACGGCCAGGCCGUCAUGCUGCAGACCACCGCUGCAGUGCAGGCAGGGGCCAGCGGAGGAGCUGUGGUGCGGGCAGGAUCAGGAGAGCUGCUAGGUAAGCCAUGGGUGGAGUUAGCCAACCCUACUCUUGGAGAGCUACCGGGUUUGUAGUCUUUAGUUCCAGCCCUGCUCUAAAACACCUGAUUCACAGUCAGCUGAUGAACAGCUAGGGCUGGAACAAAAGCCUGUACCCAGCUCUCCAGUAGAGAUGGCAACUGCAGAUUUUGAAAGAGUGAUACCGUUUUUUAACAGCCGGGGGCACUGGUUGACCAUAUAAAAUAUGACAGUACUGUUAAUGAAUGGCUGUCCUAUCUGUCUCUAAUGCCACAUUUCAGACCGUUCUCUCUCUAACCCAAACCUCAUGGCUGAUUGUCCUUAUUGUAUUCCAGGUCUGGUUUCCAGUAACACCAGAGACUUUACUGCCAAGGUAACCUACCCUCACCUGAACUUCAGUGUCCCAAUGACUGUCCUGGAGCCAUUGCUACGGAGAUACGCCCAGAAGGGCGACAUUGUUGUGUUCCGGGAUUUGGAUACGACCGAUGAGGGAGUCAGGAGGGUGUGGAGGCUACAGGCUGCUCAGAGCAAACUGUGACUGAACACACACACACACACAGUACUUACUUACAAAGAGUCUAAUAAC